GGGAAAAGGAAAAAAAAAGGGGCAAAAAAUUAGCAUAAAAAUAAUAAUUUACACCGGUUACCCCUGCAUCCUGCCGCGACCCCGCGAUUGAAUUGCAGUAAUAGCACAGAACUAUUGGUAAGACCCUGAGGGCUAACAUUUACAACUCGGAAAAAAAAGAAAAAUAAAAUAAUGUACGGCGGCUCCGGGAAGCUCGGCCGGGGCGGCGGAGCCGGUCGGGGCGCCGGUGGUGGCAACAAGCGUAACAUUCACUCCACUUUCCACACCCCGCCCCUCCACCGCCCAUCCUCCGCCGGUGCCGCGGCUUCUGCCCCUAUCUCUGGUGGGCGGCUCUCCAUGGGCGGUGGUGGAGCUGCUCAAAGGAACCGGGUUGGUUCUGGCUCCGCCACCACAGCCGCCUCAUCUGCUGCCACGGAGGAGUCUUUCCGCCUUGUCACCGAGGACCCGUUGAAUUUUGCCAUGAUUAUUCGGCUCGCGCCAGACUUAGUAGAGGAGAUCAAGCGCGUGGAGUCCCAAGGAAGUAGGGCUAGGAUCAAAUUUGACGCCAAUGCCAAUAAUUCGUCUGGAAAUGUUAUUAGUGUGGGUGGUAAGGACUUUAGAUUUACAUGGUCACGAGAGACAGGGGACCUUUGUGACAUAUAUGAAGAGCGUCGAAGUGGUGAUGAUGGAAAUGGUUUACUUGUAGAAUCAGGAUCUGCUUGGCGAAAGCUGAAUGUGCAGCGUGUUUUGGAUGAAUCAACUCAAAAUCACGUGAAAAUGCGUUCAGAGGAAGCUGAGCGCAAGCUGAAGUCUCGCAAAGCAAUUGUACUUGAUCAUGGAAAUCCUUUAAUGAAGAAUAAUGUGAAGGCAAUGGUAGCUGCUGAAAGUACUUCUUCGUGGAGGAUGAAAGGAGCUCCUUUCAAGAAGCGGAAAGCUGAACCACCUCCAGGAGGCCCGCCGAAGUCUGUCCAAAGAUCUGGUUUGACUACAACACCACCUUCAAAGGGAAGACCUCCAGCUUUAUCUCCGUCUUCUCCACCCGAGCAAUCACUUGCACCGGGUUCUCCUGUUGGUGCUAUGAAAGGGCACACGGAAUUUGAAGAUACAGUGUCUACCCUACCUAUGAAUAGAACUGUCGGCUCAGAGAAAGAUGCUACUGCCAGGGCAAUUUCUAAUGCUGGCAGGGGAAAACUAGGCCAAAAAGCAUUGAAAGGGGCUCAAAUGGGAGAUCUGCGGAGCAUGCUGAUUUCUCUACUUGGGGAAAAUCCUUCUAAAGCAAAGAGCCUUAAGGCUUUAGAGAAAGCUAUUGGAGAUGCAAUUCCCAAUUCGGUGAAGCAAAUUGAGCCCAUUCUGAAAAAAGUAAGGUUUUUUUUUUUUGAAAAAAAAAAAAUUUCACGCAAAAGUUUCGAGAUUUAUACACAAGAUCUUACCUUUGUGAAUAUGUGCAAGAUUGCUACGUAUCAAGCUCCAGGCAAUUAUGUCCUAAAACCGGGGAUUGAGAUAGAGGGCUCCAAGAAACCACCGGUGUCUGAGAGUCAAAGUUCGCCAGAAGAUAACCAUCAUUUGUCACCUGUUCAAGAUGGCCGACAUUCUGCUCUAGACAAUAUAUUUUCCCUGAGUUCUGAACCCAAUGAACUAGAACGUCCAGAACCAGCUAAUAAAUUUGAAGAAGCUAAUAAUUUGGUGGAAAGAGUUGAUGUUUCGCAUCAGGUAGCUGAUCUUUUUGGUGAGAAAAAAGUAUCCGAUAAUAGUGAAGGGCCUGUAGGUAGCUCCAGUGAUAGUGGCAGUGAUAGUGAUAGUGAAAGUGAAAGCAGUGACAGUGGAAGUGACAGUGAAACACAUAGUAGGAGUCGAAGUAGAAGUGCAGGGGGAAGUGGGACUGGGAGUAGCAGUGAUAGUGAUAGUGAUGAUGCCUCUACUAAAAGCAAGGAGCCAUCUGAUGAGGAUGUGGACAUCAUGACGAGUGAUGAUGACAAACAGGUAAAACAUCAGUUAGAGACUACUAUGAUUGGGACUCUUUGGGGGAAUUUGGAUGGUGAGCAUGCUAGUAUGUUGAGUGAGGAAAAGCAAGAUGGUCAUGUCUCUGAUUUGAUUGAAAUAGAAAGAGAUUUCCCAGAAGAUCAACCUGUUGGGGGAAUGGCUGCUCCCAGUGAUUCAGUUCGUAAUCCAGAAGGUCAUAAGGCUGUUGACAAGACUGCUCCUCCUUCGUACUCGGAUCAUGAAAAACAUGAAUUCAUAGUAAAGAAUUAUGGAGAAUCAGGCAAUGAUUCAAAAGACGGAGUUAGGCAUGGGCACUCGGACAGCUCUGAGAAGUCAUCUAGAGGCAAAUAUAAGAGGGCUUUAGAAGAAAAACUAGAGGAUAAGCCAGACCGUGGUAAGAAAUUGAAGUCUGGGAAUUCACAGCAACUUCCGGUUUCUGGAUCUAGAGCAGCUGCUUUUCAGGCAUCCCAUCAGAAUGCUUCUCCUAAUAGGCCUUUUGAAGACCUUACAACGGGGCCCAAUAAUCAAGUGGCUAACAGAUCAAGGAAGGAGAUUAAUUCGAGGUCUGGAUCACACAAAAGUUAUGACCAAACAAGUUUGGGGAAAUCGAUGUCAGAUUCGCAGCACCCUAUUCAAAAAUCAAUUGAUUCCAGUUCGCGCAUAAAAACUUCUAUUCCAGCAGAAAGGCAAGGUAAACAUUCCGAGAACAUAGGACGCGGUUCUAAGCAGAUUGAUAAAUUGCACCAAGCAACUGAUGGCUUAUCAUUUCAGAAGGAUAAACUCAACAGAGAAAUGCCUGAUGUUUAUGCUUCUAGUGGCCACAAGGGACUCGCCAAAGUCUCCAAGGAAGAUUUUCUAGAGAAACAGAUGACUCCAGCUGACACCCAACACCGGAAGCACGAAGCAUUUGGCAAUUCAAAAGAUGUUGGAUCAAUUUUGAAUUCUCCGAGGGAUGAGAAUUUAAGUUUUAGGGAGAGAUCUGCUGUGAAUGAGCGACCAAAUGUACUUCAAAGAGAACUCUCAGAUUUGGAGUUGGGUGAAUUACGUGAAUCUUUACCGGAGGAACAAUCAGGACUGGGUAAGCAACUCAACAGGAAAAACUCCUUCAAGCAAUCUGAGAACUGGAAACCAGAUUCAAGUAAAGCAAGAUUGGGGAGUAAGAGUUCACCGAAUGUAAAUAUGGAUGGGGUGCCGAAGAGAGGAAUAUCAGAACAUGUUGGUGGAGAAAAUUCAAAACAUCAGCCCAGGGGUAUGCAAAAUCAACAUCCACGGUUCCAGUCAAGAAAUGAUUAUGUUGAUAAUGUAACCAAGCCAAAUAAAGCAGUGGAAUCUAGUGGCAGGAAUCGACGUGGUGAUGCGGGAACAUGCGUGGAUGCCACCCCAGAAGCUAAUGGAAGUUUUCCUGGUAAAGGAUUGCCUACUAUAUCACAAGAACAUGAAACAAGACAACUAGCGGCUGCAUCCAGGAAAGACAGCAGAAGGCAGACAUCCAAUGCAAUUCCUGACUUGAACGAUAAGCAAAAGGAUUUUUCUUUAACGGGGAGCAGUGAUGGUUCUCAGAGGAGGAUAGAAUCUUCUUCAGAUGAGAAUAGUUGCCCUUAUUCUAAAUAUGAAAAAGACGAACCAGAGUUUAAAGGACCAAUAAAAGAUCACUCUCAGUAUCAAGAAUAUGUGGAUGAGUUUCAAGAGAAGUAUCCUGUUUAUGCAUCUCUGAACAAAACUUUGGAGGCCCACAGAGAAGAGUUUGUCAAGUAUGAAAACGAUCUAAUGGCUUCGAAAGGGAAAGAUAUGGAGAGAUACUAUGCUGUUGAGCGGCAAAUCAGGGAAUCAUAUCGUCGUUGUGGAGAGAGAGUUAAACGCCUGAAGAAAACAUUCCUUGUGCUUCAUGAAGAAUUAAAGGUGAUCAAUUUCCCAUGAUUUGAGUCACCAUUCUCACUUCUACUUUCCUACUCUUUACAACAUUGACAUUGGUGAUUUUGUUUCUUAUGCAGCAUCUGAAGCUGAUGAUUCAUGAAUAUGCCUCUCCAUACUUGAAAGACUUGAGGGAUUGAAGGCUCUUGUUCGGUUGACAACAUUUUUCUGGAGUCUCUCUUUUCGCUUAUAGUUGAGGAGCCUGAGACGUUUUUCUGUAGAUAUAAUUUAUAGUGGUUGUAGGAUUUAAGACGUGGCUUGGGGAUUUGCUGUGUAGAGAAGAGGAGAAAUACACAGAUAGCAGCCAGUAGAGGGUGAAGUUUGGUGUUGCGCAGCCUUGGCAUCAACAACUAUGACGCAGGGCUAAUAUAACUGAUCUGAAAGUUAUUUGUAGAUGUGAUCUCAAAUUCGCAAUUGACUAAUGCAUUUUGAUAGGUUUUGAAGCCCUAAGAAAAAGGGCGGGAAUGUAGAUUAUUCAGUCUUGAGUUUGACUGUAUGUAUAGUUUGAUUAGUUUUCUCAAUCUCGAUAGCAAUUUUGUGAUGUAUUUAUCCCCUUCGGUGACAAUUUUGUUGUAUCUUAGGCUCCCCCUUCGCAGCUGUAGUAGUUUAGGUAUAAAUUGUACCCCCUCAUACCCUGCUUUGUACAGAUUCUCUUUUUUUCUUUUGUUAUUAUAUCAUGAGUUCAUGAUACAGGCAUUGCUAAAGAAGCUUGAAAUUUGAG